AUGGCCAGUGAAGGUUCCAAUAUCCCUAGCCCUGUGGUGCGCCAGAUUGAUAAGCAAUUUCUGAUCUGCAGCAUAUGCCUCGACCGAUACAAGAAUCCCAAAGUUCUACCCUGUCUGCACACAUUUUGUGAGAGGUAAGCUAUCUGCUUGGUAUUUUUUAUUUAUGCCUACUUGGAGCUGUAGAACUAAAAUCGAACAUUUCCGCGUCUCUAAAUGUGUUUUGUAUUCAGCUUAUUUCAUUAGUUAUGGUGUGAGUGUAUACUGUAGAUAGGUUUGCCUUAUCCAAUAAAGCUGGUAAGCUCUUAGAGUAAAGUUAUCCAGAGGGUGCACACAUUGCCCAAUGGCUAAACAUGACAUCACGGUCAAGUGUGUGUCCUGUGUAAUAGAGUUCCAAAGCUAAAAUGAUGGUUAUUCACUAAAGCAAGAGAUGUGGAGGUAUAUAUUUGGGCUGUAAUAGCUGAGCUUGACAAACACUCAGACGAUACUAUAUUUUCAGCUCUAGUUGGUUGUUUACAAUUGCCGUUUGAGUAUAACGCCAUAUGACACUAAUACAUAUUUUACAUUAUUUUUGGGUCUGUUCUCAAUUCCAGGUGUUUGCAGAACUACAUUCCAGCUCACAGUUUGACCUUAUCUUGUCCAGUCUGCCGUCAGACCUCAAUUCUACCUGAGAAGGGUGUCUCUGCUCUACAAAAUAAUUUCUUCAUUACAAACCUGAUGGAUGUGCUCCAGAGGAGUCCAGAUAAUGGAAUUGAAGAGUCCUCCAUUUUGGAGACCGUGAAUGCUGUUGCUGCUGGAAAACCACUGUCCUGUCCCAACCAUGAUGGAAAUGUAAGCAAAAAGCUAUGCAUUUUUAAUGGAAAAAUGGGCUCAAUAUUUGGGGUCAUCACAAAGCAGCUUAUUUAUGAAAAAAACUAAAAAAUAGAAUCUAGAAUAGAUACUGUGUCUUACACAUAGACAGAUGCCUAGAUUUAUGGAGUGCUGAAUAUCCUGUAUUGAAUGGCUCCAUGCUGAUUGUCUUUUGGUACCGUCCAGCCAACACACCCUUUUUAUUCAGCUACAUUAGUUGGUGCUGCCAUUGUCAUGCUGCAGAAAUGAUGUCUAAGGAGGCAAAAAUGUACUGAACAUAUGCAUGUGCAGCAAACAUAGAAUAGUAUAAACAAGUCUUUUUUUUUUUUUAAAGGUUUAUAUUGUUUUGGAUAUAGUAUCUCCUUCUGCAUUAGAUUUUACCCCUUGCAUUCAGUGCUGACCAGCACCACAGACUGAAACUCCUGUAUUUUUCAUUUCAUACUUUGUUGCGUACAAUUAUAGUUUAAUCAUAGAUGGAUAAACAUUUUAUUUUUAAUUUCUUUAUUUAAUGGCAGGCAUACGGGCUGAUACAUAUUUCUACACAUUGUUGCCAAUAUACAACAUUUCUAUCAUUCACACUGAGUCCUGCAGCUACUAUUGUUGAUUCAAUAGGUAUUUAACUUAUAUAUCCUUUAACCGUAGGUGGCGGACAUUUCUUGCAGUGACAUAGUGUUUUUGGUAACCAUUUUUCAGGUCUCAUUGCACUACCUUUAUAGCUAUACACCAGGGUAUACUGGUGUUUACCUAUUAGGUUUUUUAUCUAUAAAAAUACAAAUAUUAUAAAACCUGUAGGCAAGUAAAGUUAGAGAAGCACUAUAGGGUCAGGAACACACACGUAGAUGUUAAAAAUACCAUUUAGGUUGCUUGCCCCCUUAGAAAGGAUUACAACUUACUCCUUGGCUAACAUCAUCAGAAUUGAUAUCAUCAUCCAAUCCAAUGCUUUUCCACAGGGAAAGCAUUGGAUUGGCUGAGAUCAUUGAGGCAGCAGGGUCAACCGCCACCCUGCCCUAUCAGCAUCUCCUCAUAGAGUAGCAUUAUUUCAAUGCAUCUCUAUUAGGAAAGUUCAGUGUCUCCUUGGAGACCCAUACACCUUUUGACAGCAGUUACCGGGCAUAAACACCAGAGUCAUCUUAGCUUGAACUUUAAUGACAAACAGGAGGCUUCUGUAGGCUCUUAACAGAGCAUGAGAUAUUUAAACAUUACAUGUCUCUUUACAGGAAAUUUGUAGGGAAAACUUAACAAAAUAAUUUAUGUACCAAAUGGCAGAGAAUUGAGCAGUCAAACUGUGGAGGCACUCUAUUAAGUUAAAGUUGUGUUUGUACUUAGUGUCCCUUUAAUAUCUGGAUAAAUUUGUAUGGAUUAUGUGGUAGAGAAACGUGUGUAUUUCCUCAGAGACCGCAUGGAGUAGCAGGCUUUGAGUGUCAGGAGGGUUCAGUUUUUGUCAAAUCAUUUGGCAAAAACCUAGAGGGGCUGCUCAAAAAGACUAUUUGCACCCAAACAACUACAGUUAGUUGUGUAUUUAAAGUUCCCUUUAAUGCUUCAAUAUCAUGCCUGCAUUUACGCAUACACAAUGUGUCUUGGGCUUGUGACUGACUUAUAUGUGUGGUUUUUUUUUUCGUUGUUUUUUAUUUAUUUAUUUUUUAAUAGUUUUUUGUUUUGUUUUUUUGCAUAAUUUUAAUAUUGCUUUUUAUGAGGACUUAACAUCUCAAACAAACAACCACUUGUUUGUUCUCCAGAUAAGAAUAAUGCUAUGUUGAUAUCUGAUAACCUUCUGUGCGUACACAAAUUCAUGGUUUUCAAACCAUUGUACAUCAGUAGUUCUUGUGUUUUACCAGAAUGCUGUUUGUCUUGUGUUUACAUUCCAUAUGUUUUAUUUUAGAAAUAUUAUAUAUUUUUUCUAAUAUAAAUUCUGUGAUUUCCUUUCUGCCAAUUUUAGCAAUUUUUUUUUUUUUUGUUAAUUUACAUCUUAAUAGAUUUUCACACUCCACUGCAUACUGCUUGUAGCAAUUAUUCUGCUUCAUGGUUUUAACUUGGCAAAGUGUUAGAACAGAUUUGGCAUGCAGAUGUGUGUGAGAUCCUUUGCUGAUGCUUUCUACUUCAUGUAGGUUACACUUUGUAAAUAUUGUUGCCAUACUGUAGUGCACAUCUGUUUUAUUUUUUAACAAGAAUUUCAGAUCCAUUGAUAAAAGUAUUCGUUCAUGCUUUGGUGUCCUUGCAAGCUUUACAUACCACCACUAUCUAUGUGAACAUCAGAAAAGUGUUAUUUCUCAUAGCCACCAUUGCUGUGGUCUGGGCUCAAUUGAACGAAGAAAAAAAAUAGUCUCUCCUUUGAUGUGGUACUAAAGAGGAAGAGAAAGGGACUGAUUAAAGCGGAUCACUGUUAAUACUACUUAUAAGAUACACAAUCUCAUUACUAGAAUCCAGCUAAUCCCUGGGACCCUUGCUAAUUCUUUUGUAUACGGCAGAUGACGAUUAGCUGAACAUUAUGAAGUUGUGCAUAGCACAGAACCUUCUUAAUGUAUCAUGGCAUUUCAUUUCAAGGAUUGGGUUAAUCAGUAAAACUGUUUUUCACUAGUAUGGCUCACUGCCAAGCAGGAAGGGCAAGUGAGGUUCAAUUUCAGCACUUGUAAUGCUGCUUUUGUCACCUUAAGACUUCUAAAGUGUCUCUGUACUAUUCUGAAAAAUGCGUUUGUAUAAUUUAAGUGGUGACAUGUUGCUGUGCAUUAUACAUGUAUUGGUACUUUGUACUUCAUUUCUGACUAACUACACCUCAGCUACUCAUUCAUAUGGAAGGGAAUUUGAUUCAUUUUAUCUCUCGAGAGUAUUUUGGUAGACCUUGGGUAUCUGAUCUCACAUCAAGCUUGUAAGGUUUGAAUUUUAUUUGGGAAUAUUUCCUGAAUACUAAAUUAUACAUUUUUGAAAAAAUGUUUUUAUAAUUCUUUAUUUUUGCAUUCCAGUAGACUGUAAUCACAAGCCAAACAGAAACAUAGCAUUUACAAUAAGGUCACAACAUACUUCCACAAAAUAUUGAUAAGCAUUCCAAGACCCACAGCAAUCAAGAAGUAAUCCCCAGGCUGUUAUUGCUAGCACUAUGUCUGUCCACAGCACAAUGUUAUAUUUUUAUUAAGUAAGACAGAGAAUUAAAGAAUAAAUAAGAGAAAAGUUUAAAGGGUAGCAAGAACAUUGAACCAAGCUUCUGAUUCCCCCCUACCUCUGGUGCGCUAUAACCAACUGAAUGGGCUUCUUUAUCUAUGUCAUAUACCCCUUCCAGGCAAUACGUUUAAGUCCAUUAUCUGUCGUCUAGUGUAUCGAAAUCUGCCACGCUCCAGAUAAAAGAGGAAGGGGGAAUGUGUGCGGGGGAAACUGACGGAAGAGGGAAGAGGAAAGUGAGGAGGAAGAGGGGAGGAGAGGGAUAGGAAUGCCGUCAGGUGGAACCAAUCCAUAACAUGCGGAAACAUCCCGCCUCGUGGCUCUCACCUCCCCCGCCCCUCAGGUUGUCCACCCACAGGAAAAAAAUGAUACAUUCUAAAUGCCACAGUUUAUAAUGAAAUCUGUCAGCAGUUGAUCUUAUGUAAACUGAUUUUAAGAAUUUAUAUAUUUCUACAUAAUUACAGCUGUAUUUAAAGUUUUUUUUUGUUUUUUUUUUACUUUAUUUUUUUGACCAAAUAAAUAUCACAACAUUUUGGGUUUGGAGUACUUCUCUGCUUAAAAGAACACAAUAAACACUACAGUGUGCAGUAGUGGUUCUGUUGCCAGGAGUGUGUUGGCCUGUAAGAAGUUGAAUUGUUUUGGAAGGUUUUACUUCUUACCUAAAGUUUGCUGGGCACCAUCCCCCUGGUGGUGGCUAUACUAAACCAAUGGAAGCACCUGCUUAGGAGCCUUUGGCUCUUUGUAUUGAUAAAUUUGUUGUGUUGCCAACAAAUGAUGUACAUCAGAUAUGACUGCUAAGGCACAAAAGGAGCAACAGAUAAAACAAAAAACAAGCAAACUAAUAUGAUUUUUUUUUUUUUUUUUUUUUAAUAUGGCAAAGAAAAUUGAGCUUGUAUAUAUGUAAUAUUCCAUGUAUCAUAUGCUUGUAUAAGUAUGGGUUAAAUACAGUUAUUCCAAUAUGACGUUCGUAAAGCCUAUUGCAUUAUCCUACAUAUAAUGAGGGCAUAUUCAAACAUUUAGUUGUAAUAUGAGAAAAUUAUUUUUUGUUUUUCCCACAAAAAGGGUAACCGAUACCUGGAACAGACUUCUAGAACAUAGUAAAUUCAAGAUUAGGGUAAUAAAGAUAAUCCUGAAGAAGGAAUGUGUUAAAUAGCACUACAACAGCCAAUGAUAACACAAGUCUAGAAAGGUCAAAGGCUUGUUUGCCUGCACAUAUUCAUUAGUUUUACUUAUUUGAUGCAUUACUGUUUUUAUUUAUACAUCUCCAUGGCUUGGGUGAUGAGAUAACUUGUAGUUGAUAUCCAGAAAGCUGAAAAUAAUUGCCUUAUUUUGCUUGCAGGUGAUGGAAUUUUAUUGCCAGUCAUGUGAGACUGCAAUGUGUCAGGACUGUACAGGAGGGGAACAUGCAGAGCACCCCACAGUACCUCUAAAAGAUGUAGUUGAGCAACAUAAGGCAGCUCUGCAGGCUCAGCUGGAUGCUGUCAAGAAAAGGUAAAAUUAUUAAUUGUAUGUAUGUAUUUUGCUGUGUCCUGGGUUUAUCUGAAGACUGUAAAUUUUAUUCCAAUGAGAAAUCUCAAUGAAUUGUUUAUUUUUAUUUAUUUAUUUAUUUUUUACUUGGGCUACAAGAAAUGCAGAAAUUGCUUAUUUCUACAAAUAUAUUUUACUGGAAUUCAAACCGCUCAUAUGAAGAAAAGGGCAAUCCCAUAUAUAUAUCCAACAUUACAACAUUGUUAUAAAAUGUAAACAAUCAGAACAUUUAAACGAACACAAAAAUGUAUGUCAUUUGUGGAAAAAAAACAUAUGAAGAUUAUACGAUACACCAUAAAUAGGAUUUAAACGGAUAUGUCCAGGUUCCUUGCUGUAUCCUGGAUGACAAAAUUCAGCAAUCUCAAAAUGCAGAUAUUAAAAUAAUAGAUUCAGAAACAAAAAGGCUGAGUAAGCAUCACGAGGAAAAUGCAAGCUUUUUUUUUUUUUUUCAUAUUGUCCAUGGAUAAAAAAAAAUUUAUAGAAUAACAUUGUUCUCACAAAGAAUAGCUCAAGUGUGGAGAUCAUGCAGACAGAACACUACAGUCUAACCUAAAAGUCUACAAAAAACAAACUAUAUACAUGGCACUAGAGUAAGAAAACAAAACAAAAAGAUAAACAAAUCUCUAGUGCCAGUAGGAUAGCAAAAGGUCUAUCCAGAGCAUAUCCCUCACAACUUACACCGAGAAUAUGCAGGAAAGUUCAUACAAAGAAUAAAGCUACCCUACCUAGUGAGUAUGUAUCACUUGUAUCUCAACAGAAAUGGUUACAGAGUAAGAUAUAUAAUAUAUACAUACAUACAGUAUAUGUACACUUUUACAAUAUAUCCCCCUACUGGCUAGUAAGUAAAUUACAGAAAUUAUAGCUGUCUGAACAGUAAUGUCUAAACCAUAUUACCUCCAUAUGACUUUAUUGGUACAAUGAUCAGACAGUACUGUACAAAAUAAAGGAGUCUCUAUAAAACCUGAUUCAUAUAAAGAGUGCUUAUUAGGAGAGUCUGGUUAUGAGCUCAAUACUGUACUACCGUAGGAAAAACAAAACACUUCUUACAAAGUGAAUACUUGGCGUCAGCCUGUAAAUUCAAUAUGUCUGUAAGAUAGAAGGAUGAAGGUAAGAAAAUCUAGCAGCUUCUUGGGUAAAUAGAUGAAAGCAGUUUCGGUACCUCUCUCAUGUAUCUUGGUAAGUCGGGAAAUACAUUUCUGUAGCCUACCCAGGUGAUAAGUAUAAGUGCUUGCAAAUAUGUAUUCUUAACACUAUAGUUACCUGUUCAAUGUUAAUUACCUGGCCCCUCACCAAGUGCUUAAAAAGGUGGGAUUUACUUACCUUUUCUCCAUCGCUACGCUGGUCUCGCAACAUUUUGCCCUGCCUCCAUGGCUGAGAUCAUCAGUUUUGAUGAUCUUCACCAAUCCAACGCUUUUCCAUAGGAAAACCUUGGAACGCUAUUGCGCAUGGCAGCAAGAUGCUGCUGGCGCCAAUCAGCAUCUCCUCAUAGAGCUGUAUUGAAUCAGUGCAUUUCUAUGGGGAGCAUUUAGUGACUCUUUGCAGAGCCCAGAGACACUGAAUGUGCUGCACACACUGCAGCACCGAAAAAGGAAGCACUUCUAGUGGCUGUCUGAGUGACUGCACCUUGGCAGCAAUGUUAACACUGCCUUUUGUAUAGUUCUCUAUUUUAUAAUGUAUUUCUGUUUGCAAUUACUCAAUUAUUGUAUUCCUGUUUGCAGGUUGCCUGAGAUAGACUCUGCUCUUCAAGUUGUAUCUGAAAUCAUAAAUCAAUUGGCAAAUCAAAAAUCCAGCAUUGUAGAUGAAAUUCAUUCAACAUUUGAUGACCUGCAGAAAACGCUAAAUGUUCGAAAAAGUGUACUGCUCAUGGAACUGGAAGUUAACUAUGGUUUGAAACAUAAAGUAAGUAGUAAGUUUGUUAGUUCACUUACAAUAGCUUCCCUUGUGCUUAAUUUAUAGAAAUAUUUAUUUUAGAUUUCUUACAACAAACAUCGUAUCAUUUGUUAGUAGGUACAGGGUUAUAUAUGGAAUAUUAUAUAUUUGAACAUUGUAACAAAAGGAGUUCAGAACCAUCACAAUGAUCUAACAAUCUAAUAUUUGUAGCACUUAUUUCUAAGUUAGAGGUUAUUCAAAAUGAUUUCAAUCCGAUUAGUAAACCUGCUCUAUGAAUUAAAACAAGUGAAAUAAACAUGGGUUUGUGCCAUAAGAGAGAACAUUAGAGCAAUGGGAAGUUAUGUUAUAGUGUAGUAGUAAUUUUUUCUGCACUUGUGGACAGGUUCUUCAAGCACAACUUGACACGUUAAUUGAAGGACAGGACAGCAUUAAGAGCUGCAGCACCUUCACGGCGCAGGCACUUAAUCAUGGAACAGAAACCGAAGUUUUGUUGGUUAAAAAACAGAUGAGCGACAAGCUGAAUGAGUUAGCCAACCAGGAUUUCCCACUGCAGCCCCAUGAAAAUGAUCAGUUGGACUUCAUUGUGGAAACUGAUGGAUUGAAAAAGUCAAUUCACAAUCUUGGUACCAUCCUAACAACAAAUGCUGUGGCCUCAGAAACAGUGGCCACUGGGGAAGGGUUAAGGCAGAGUGUAAUUGGACAGGCAAUGUCUGUCACUAUAACCACAAAAGACAAAGACGGAGAACUCUGCAAGACUGGUAGUGCUUACAUUUCAGCUGAACUGUUAACUCCGGAUGGCAGCGUUACUGAUGGUGAAAUACUUGACAAUAAAAAUGGCACUUAUGAGUUUUUGUACACGAUACCUAAAGAAGGGGAUUUCACACUUUCUUUGAGACUUUAUGAUCAGCAUAUAAAGGGAAGUCCUUUUAAACUAAAGGUAGUCAAAUCUGCUGAUGUCUCUCCUACCACUGAAGGGGUGAAGAGGCGAGUAAAGUCACCCGGAAGUGGGCAUGUGAAACAAAAAGCUGUGAAGAGGCCGGCAAGUAUGUACAGCACUGGAAAAAGGAAAGAAAACCCAAUAGAAGAUGACUUAAUCUUUAGAGUUGGUGAGUACGUCAUUCUUUUUGUCUUUAAUUUGUUUCUUCUAAAAUAAAGUCAAAGAUUGUGGGGUUUUGUUGGAAGCUUUUUUUAUUUUAUUUUUAUUUUAUUUUUAUUUUAAUUCAUUUUUUUAUAUAUAUAUAUAUAUAUAUAUAUAUAUAUAUAAUGUCAAUGAGAAUGCAGAUAUCCAAUCCGCACACAGCCUAAAAGUAUACUAAUCUUCUGUUUAAAAUGGCACCACAACCCCAUUAUAAAUACAGCAUGCUGAAGCAGUGCCCGGUUAUCCCUGGUUUAACUUUGUACCUGGGAUCUGUCAGAUGGCAAUCCUUGCAGCCAGAAGCUGUUUCCACUGAGCUAAGCCCAACAGUGCACAGCUUUACCCAUUGGCUGAGAGUGAUCACCCAACACUCUCAGACAAUUAGCUGUGCAUCAUCGUAAGAAGUUGUAACAAACGGUUUGAUUGCCAAUAUUGGGAUGCCAGGAAACGCCUAACACAAUAACCACUACCCUAACCGCACUGUAGUGAUGAUGGUGCUUGAGGUGUUCCUGUAAGUGAUGAUGACGGUGGAUACCACAGCUGUGUGAAGGAAAAGUAUUUUUAAUAUGUUGAUUUAAAAUUGGUAACUCCUUUCUCUGUUCACACAAGUCCAAUUUACUGAGUAACCCUUAAAUAUCUUUAAAAAGCAAAAAGGUUAUGUUAUUGUUAAUCUUGAAUGUCGUAUUAAUAUAUCAUCCUCUAAGAAGAGAACACAAAGACAAUAUUUGCACAGUCUAUUUAAACCAUUGCAUGCAAACAAAAUUACACUGAAAGUGUGAAAAGCACAGUUUGUUUCAGAGCUGUUAAAUCUUUGUUAAUUUAAAUCAUUUUACUUACAUUGGUUUUAAUCAUUACUCCAUGGUUGUCUGAAUAUUUAAAUGUUGUCAAUGUGUUCUUGAACGUAGUGGCCAUCCUGCGUUGCUUUGAUUGGGGGUUGAGUGGUUGGGCUUGUUGCUGUAACAGUCCGUGCUGGGAAUGUUUGUGUCUGCACAGUGAGAACAUUUUCUGUCCUCUGUGUUCUGGCCACUGCUGUCACAUGGCUCUGAUGUUAAAAUGAUAAUAGCACAAAACAGAUGGUCCUGCUUUUACAGUACAAUGGUGGAAAUGUGUUUUUUACUUUUUUUUUUUGUUUUGUUUUUAAAGCAAACCAUUCAUAGAAUAUCUUGUUAGCAGCAGCUGAGAGACCAUUACAGUGCAUUGUGAAGCACUGAGAUCUUAAUUCUUUGAAGAACAAUUAUCAGUCAUUGAGAAUUAGCGAGGUAGUUUUACCAUUUUUGAAAGCUUAUACUUUUUUAUUCGUAUCUAAUAAAGGAGUCCCCUACCUUUCUGCUGUAAACUAAUCCAUAUUAAAAAGGAAAAUAAAGUACAGAAAGAGUUAGGCUGAUGUCAGUGCCAAAAACCCAAAAGUGGAUAGCACUUUAAGAAAAUUAAACCAAAUCAAAUCAAUUGUGCAUCCAAAAUAAACCAGCUGCAGUCACCUAAAGUGACAAAAUUAUCCAAAAACACGUGUUUCGCUAAAAAGUAUACUCAACAUUGAUCAAAGGAAUUCUGAAAAAAAAUAACAAAACACAAUCUAAUGCAGAAUAUCCUUAUCAUAGAUCUACAGUGACUGAUAUAUACAUUAGUGGGUUCCAUUCACAUUUACCAAGAACAUUUCGAAACCCGGAGGAAUAGAGGCGAGCGAAAGGCAUCACUGAGAGGUGGAGCUUGGAGCUUCUAACGAAACCUGGAGCCACUGCAUAUAAUGAGUGCCAUCUCUGGAAAUAAAGGUCUUCUGGUCUGAGCAUUGUGGGAGUUAUUCCCUCUCAAGUGGAGCCUUUCUCACCCAGAGCCAGGUUUUAUAGGGCUCUGGUAACUGGGAGUGCAACCCACAAAUAUGUAUAUCAGUCACUGUAUAUCUAUAAUAAGGAUAAUCUGCACUAGAUCGUGUUUUGUUAAUUAUUUUCAGAAUUCCUUUGAUCAAUGGAUGUUAAAGGACCACUAUAGGCACCCAGACCACUUCAGCUCAAUGAAGUGGUCUGAGUGCCAGGUCCCCCUAGUUUUAACCUUGCAGCUGAAAACAUAGUUUCAGAGAAACCCGCUAUGUUUACAUCGCAGGGUUAAUCCAGCCUCUAGUGGCUGUCUUCCUGACAGCCACUAGAGGCUGCCUUUCUGACAGCCACUAGAGGCCGCUUCCGCAAUUCUCAGUUAGAAAAUCGCAUUGAACUCACGCAGCGUGAGUUCAGAUCCCAAUAGGAAAGCACUGAGUAAUGUUUUUCUAUGGGCGGUUUGAAUGUGCACGCCUCUGGCCGCGCAUGCGCAUUCGGCUCCACUUGGGAGCUGAUUUAGGCAGGGGGAGAGGAGAGUGCACCAGCGCAGAGAAAGCCUGGUGCUGGAUUAAGGUAAGUGGCCCCUUCAGUCCAGCGGGAGGGGGGCUCCGAGGGAGGGGGGACCUAAUAGCCCUAUAGUGCCAGGAAAACUGUUUUCCUGGUACUAUAGUGCUCCUUUAAGUAUACUUUUUAGCACAACACUUUUUUUUUUUUUUUUUUUAAAUGUCCGUUCCUUAUGAGGCUUUGAUGAAUCAUGUGAACAUCAACAGGUGAAGCUGUCAAGGUCUCUGUGCAUGGCUGAUCUUAUCAUGACUCUUCUUGUGCUUCUUGCUGCCCGUGAUCCUAUCAGUGAAUGCAUCAUUUGUAGCGUCCUGUCCAGUCACUGCACUCCACUGAUUUAAGAGAGCAAGAUUACAUUGGAUAUGCCAGAGAUAAUUGAUACAAUUGUAUGUAGUAACAGAGAUCUAUUGUUUACUGUGGCAACACUAUUUUUCCUCUGUUGCAUUUGCAGAAUAUAUUUGAAUAUUUGAAAAAUAAAGUGCUAUCAGAACUCUAUUGGAAACCCAGAGUCUAGAUAAAAAUAACUUGUUCUGGAGACAUAUGAUAAUGACUCCAUAACCCCCAAGUUUCUGUUAUUUUUCCCUAUCGCACACUUCACCAUUCUGUAUCUUUUUUUUUUUUUUUUAUUCUUUAUUUUUGCACACGAUAGGCAAUGCAAGAAUAAUACAACUUGAAGGCUUGCGCAGAAGCCACAAUAUAAAAGAGCAUGUUCAUAGACAUAUAAGUUAACAUCGGCCCCUAUGGCUAGCCUCUUUAUAGUUUCUAUACAACUUGCCUCCCAUCGAGGAUUUUAUGUUUUUAAUUGGCUGCUUCACUUAUCUUCCCAAUUUUCAUAUGAUAGGCAUAGCGAGAGCAGUACAACUGUGAGGCCCGUGCAGGAGCCUGAAUGUUAGUAUUCUAACUUGGAGAAAUGUAGUGAGACAAUAGGCCAUAAGACAAGCCUCUCAAUGAAUGCUAUUCCACUAGCCUCCUGUCAUUGAUAUUGUAUCUUUUAGUCUGGCCCUGCCUCCUGAGGAGGAGCCCUAACUCCAUCCAUGUCUGGGUGUACUUUAGGCAUCAUCAAUCCUCCGUCAGCGCGCUCAUGCUUGAGUGAGGGAAGGAAGUUAUGUCACCAUAGAUUGGAACAAUGUUAGCCAUAAAGAAGUAGAGAAGUAAAAGAAAAAUAAAAGAUAUCCUUGUAAGCCAAGGAUUUAGUACCAAGAAGUAGAGAACGUGAAAAAGACAGGUAGAGAAAGAGAAGACAAGAUAAGAUGAGAGAGAGGGGACCAUUCUGUAUCUUUUAUAUAGGUCAGUGUUAGGGUAGUUUGAGGCUUAAGGGUAAAGUAGGUAUUAAUGUUAAGUGACUGUGUAGUUCCUAAAUGGUCACUUUAGGCACCCAGACCACUUUAUCUCAUUGAAAUGGUCUGGGUGCAGUGUCCCUGACCCCUUAACCCUACAAUCUGAACCAUGCAAUCAGAGAAACUGCAGUGUUUACAUUGCAGGGUUAAGACUGCCUGUUGUGGCUGUCCACCAGACAGGCUGUAGAAGUGCUUCCUGCAGUUUCACAGAGUUUAACUCUGUGAAACAAUAUAAGACCUCUUUAUAAUGUGACAUGCUGUUACAUCCAGCGUCUUCAAUCCCCCAUAGGAAAGCAUUGAUUUAAUGCUUCCAUAUGGGGAAGGCCACACAUACACAUUAGGCAGUGAUGUCGGUGGUGACUGAGCCAGCAGCAAGGGACUUCAGCCCUGGAAUUGGAUAAGUGUCUUAUGUUUUGUUAACGCUUUAAUUGCUGGGGGUGGAGGGUGCAGAGGCACACUAUUUUGUUAGGAAUACAGCUUUGUAUUCCUAACAAAAUAGUGUUCUUUAAGGGAGAUGUCUUUACUGGUGGGGCAGCAUGAGGCACAAAUGUCCUAGUGCUGCGUGGUAUUAGAGCAAGUGAAACCUACUCCUUUAACUCAGGAGCAUAACUCUCGCUAAUCUUGGGUAUGUGUUCAUAUUUGAUUACAAGUUAAUAAUGGACCAUAUACUCUGUAUAUCCUGUGCCUUAUUUGGUUUUGUUUGAAUGUUUUUUUUAGGUACAAAGGGAAGAAAUAAAGGUGAAUUUACGAAUCUCCAAGGUGUAGCUGCAUCAACAAAUGGAAAAAUUUUGAUAGCGGAUAGUAACAACCAAUGUGUACAGGUAUUUAUUAAAAUAUUACUUAUACAGAUCCAAAUGGGUUGUGUUUAUGGAGUAUCCGGAGUAUUUCAGUUCUAAUCUGAUGAAGUUCACAGUUUACAUUGGUUCAUAUUUCAGUGACUCCCACCUUGUGCUUCUUUUUACUACCAUAUCUCUAGUAACAUUGCAGCCACUGUGACUUGCAUUGUGCUGUGUCAUGCCAUGCAGUGUUACCAGCAUGGCCAUACGAUAAUAAGCCACUUUCGGAUUUCCACUAGAGUAAAAGCAAAAAAAUGAGUGACUUUAAAUAAAUGGAUACACAGAGGGAGCAAUAAAAAAAAUCACACUAAACACUUUCUCCACCUGGCCAUUAUACAUAAUUUUCCUGGCUUUCCCAACCAAGACAUUUGACCUGCAUCCCAAGACCUGUAGCCACAGACACAUGAAUAGCAUUCCUCAUUGGACUCCCAGAAUGUAGUAUAUACAACAUUGCUUAUAGUGGGGGGCCAGAAGAACUGGGGAUACAUUCCCUGAGUCUUCUCAGCUAUUGUCCUACAUUAUGCACUAUGAAACCUUUUGGUCUUCUGUUGAUGGAUGUCUGUCUGUCUGUCCUGCUCUUCCCCCCUUUUAAUUUUUUCUUUCUCAGAUCAGGAUUUCACCCCAUCUAAAGUGCUUCCUUAGCUUGCUGACCUUCAUAGCUUGCUUUCUGGUCUCAAUCAUAUGCGCGAUUAUGCUGAUUGUACUGCUACUGGUACACCUCUAUCCUUCCCCACACAUGCAGACAAACAGAUACACAUGCAGACACGCACAUAGACGCAUACAUACAUACAGGCAGGCACACAUAUAAAAAAUGUUUUGACUUCCCUGGGGUCCAGUCGUAGCACAGCCUGAUGGGAGACAGAGUUCCCACUCGGACUCCCUCCUCCUUUUUCCUGCGCGUGCUCUGUGUGAUUGCUGGAGGAGUGACCGGGGCCAACGUCCUCACAGGGGGCCCGGUCGCAGGGGUCCGCAGGGCGGCCGGGUCCCCUGGAGUGACGGGACAGUCGCAGCUGCGACCUGUAGUUCUGCCAGUAUUGCCAAGGCUCUGGGGCUCCACACUAUUUUCCUUCGUAAAACUCUAUUGGUGGGGGGAAAAAAGCAUCAAUCCUAUUUUCUUUUGCUUUAACAAGGCUCAAACCAUGAUCCAAGACAUCUUCCAACCUCUCAUAGCUGUGUGGAAAUUUCCAGUGAGUCAUUAUACUCCUUGCAAGUGAUGGAAGGACUGUAACAUGAACCUUAUCAUUUAAUAAGAAUCCCUUCUAAAAUAAAGAUUUUUGAAUGCAGUAAAUCUAACAGUACUAGCCUUGCUGCUAACUGUGUUAACACUGUAGCUUAUCUCCCUUAUGCAUUACAUUUUGGUUCUGUAAUUGCCCUGAAUGUUCGCUAUGGAUGUAUAAUGUAUGUAAUGCAAGGUAAUAUACAUGAGCUAUAUGUAUUACAAUAUUUACAAAUUGCUCUGCUAAGUAAUUCCUGCUGGAUUGUUCAUCUGCAUGGUUGAUUUCUGUGUUCAGGUUCAAUAACAAUGUAUUGCAACAUGCAGUUUUUUUUGGUGUAUAAAUGUUGUCCCUGUCUGAAAACCUGCAUGGUUUACAUUUUUACCCUUUCCAUGCCUACUAGUGGCUCUCAUUCACACACCCAUUAGGGGCUUUAGACUAAUAUAAUUCAGCUAUUCAUUUGAUUUGACAUCCAGGGGGGAGGGUGGGGAAGGCAAUGAUGGUGUGCACGAUGAGGCGUUUCGCUGUGGGAUUGGGUUCUUCAGAUCACUAUGCAAAAUAACUCGGAUCACUCUUAUAACGCACUCGCUCACGCAAAAAACUAAUUACAAAAGUUGUGGAAGAAAAUCUACUAAAUAUAAGGCAAGCUAAUCGAGCAACUAUCUUAUAGACACAAUAAUCAAUCUGGCAAUAGUUGAAUAUAAAUAAAUAGGGAAUGCGUAAAUUGUAACACAGAUUACAUACAGAAUACAAUUCUGCUUAAUAUAACUAUUUAUGCAUCAUUCAAAGAAUAAACAUGUCACAGAUUAAAAAUGCUUGCCUACAAAAUAUUAAAACACAAUUGUGCUCAGUCAUAUACAAUCAAGCAUAUCAAAUAUUAAAACUUAGAAAUUGAGACCUUACUUUAGGGGAACAAUGGAGACCAUAUUGACCCAUAUAUAAUAAAUUCAUUAAAAAAUUCAAACCAAUUCAAUAUUUAAACCAUGUGGUUCUAAAGUGUGUAAUAACUUAACCCAGCGGUUCCCAAACUCUGUGCCGCUGAAUAAUUAUCUGGUGCUGUAAUUAUAGCACCGGGGAAACAUUACUGCUCAACAGGAACCCGGUCGAGUUCUGCGGUCAUUUAAGACUGCGACCGGGCCCCUGUAAUGGCGGUCACUUCCUGCCAGCAUCCUGCAGGGAGACGGCACAGGAGGGAGAGGAGGCAGCAGCAGCGUGAGGGGAGAGGAGCAUGAAGAGCUUCAGACCCCUCACUCCCACAGCAGCAGCAGGACUCCAAGCUACCCUCCUGGCUCAUAAGGUAAGCGAACAGGAGGGUGGCUGUAGAUAUAAAAAAAAAUGUAUGUGUAUAUGUGUGUUUAUAUGCAUCUGUGUGUUAAUGUGCAUGAAUAUCUGUGUAAGUAUGUAUGUGCAUACAUCCAAGCAGUCCAACACCAGCACAACAUACAAGCACACUCCAGCAUUCAAACAAAAUAAAAUAUACAAACACACCAAUUCACUCAAACUCAAAUACUUCACACAAAUGUACAUCCACGUUUAAAAGUGAACAUAACAUUCUGAUACACCCCUGCAAUCAAACGCAAGCAUCACAUACAAACACACCCCUGUAUUAACACAAUAAAUGUAUACAAGCCCCCCUUCAAACACCAACACUGUACAUUACACUAUAGCGCUAGUAAAUGCGGCAGGGCUGUACAGAUCUACAACCUAGAAAUUUUGACUUGGGGUGCCUUGGAGAAGUACUAAAAUAUCAAGGGCGCCUUACACCAAAAAAGUUUGGGAACCACGGCGUUAACCAAUUUCAUUUUUUCCGUUCCUAUAUUAAUAGUGUAAUUACCACCUCUCCCAGACUUCAUCACAACCUGUAUACCUUAAUUAAUCACUUAGGAUCCUUAUAAGGUGUUAAAAAUAAAUAUUAUAUGGUUGCUGCUAAUUUACAAUAUUUGAAAUAUUUUUUUUGUUUUACCGCCUUCUAUUCACCUAUUGCACUUUAUCAAAUAGGUACUUGACAUGCUAACAGGAACUAUGGGUUUUAUUACAUAUUCCUUUAAAUUGUGAACUCAUUUAGGCAGGGACGUCUUCACCUACUGUUCUCGUAUGUCAUACAUGUUUUGUUAGAAUUAUUAUUGUACAGCGAUGCAGAAUAUGUUUGCAUACAUAAAUAAUUGUAAUUAUAUGUGGACUGCUGUUUUUGUCAGAUAUUUUCUAAUGAUGGGCAAUUUAAGAGCCGAUUUGGUAUUCGAGGAAGAUCUCCAGGUCAGCUCCAGAGACCAACAGGAGUGGCUGUCCAUCCAAGUGGUGACAUAAUCAUUGCAGACUAUGACAACAAGUGGGUCAGCAUCUUCUCACCAGAUGGAAAAUUCAAGGUAAAUAGUGUAUGUUGGAAGCCUAAUGUUCACCUCUCUUGUAGGUUUGACUAGGCACACUCCUGUCUGAGUUUAAGUUUUAAGGAUAGCAGAGUUAAAUGCACCAUCCUGCAUUUUAUAGAGCCCUUCUUAACCAGGAUUUUAUCUUAUGUUUAAAAGAAAUUGGCACAAAGGAAAUCCAAAAACAUAAUGUGAAAACAAGUGAAACGUAGAAUAAUGCCAAUCUUGCCCCUGACUCCACAAAUUAAUGGAGAUAAUUAAAAUGCAAAGCAAAAUAAAAAUAAUUUUAAGUCUCUGAAUGAAUGUACCUUAUGUGCUUUUGCAGACAACUUGGAAACAUCUGAGAUCAGCAAAUCCUGCUCCUCUCAUUCCCAAUGGAUGCUAUCCAUAUUCCAUUAAUCCCCUCGCAGAAGUAGUUUCAUUCAUGAGAAGACAUGAAUUACACUAUUUUGUAACCUACUGGAAGUUGUAGCACAACUUCAUUGCUGGAGAUCAUGAUUCAUGUUAAAGGGUGAAGUUAUUUUGCAUCAUCAAUAUAUAUUCACUGCUGCAGAAUAUCCUAUUUUAGAAAGCCAGCAGAAAUGAUUUGACAAUUGUGAGCAGCAUGCAUGCCAUACAUUAACUUGUACAACCAUAGCUAAUCCUGGCGCCAUGUUGUGGGAUGAGGGCAUAAAGCUGUUGUGAUUUUUGAAAAUUUAAUGAGUGAUGACAGGACAAACUUAUAUGUAAGUUUUAGCAUUUUAAAAGUUCAUUUUAGAUUCAAUUUAUAUACUAAGCAUCAAGAUAAACAAUAAUUCUUUAAAUUACAGGGACUUAAAUUGCAUAGGUUAGUGGUUCUGAACUUCUGGGUCAUGACUCAAAUUUGGGUCCCCAAGCUAUAUUUACGCAUCCUGCGUAGUUGUAAAAGACCCAAAAUAUUCAUCACAAUAAAUUUGUUUCAACAGCACCGAUGCCUUUCUCUGUGCCAUAGGACUCCUAGUAGCGUCUAAUGCAAGGAUUGUAUAGAAUUAUUGUUGUUAAAUAUUAUAUAACUUUAGAUAAAUGAGCUAUAUAGUUAAUGGAAGUAUUAGAACCUAUGUCAUAGAAAGUCAUACAUAACUAUUCUUUUUAUUUUUUAUUUCAAUAGACAAAAAUUGGAUCUGGCAAGUUGAUGGGACCCAAGGGAGUCUCUGUCGAUCGCAAUGGACACAUUAUUGUAGUGGACAACAAGGCGUGUUGUGUUUUCAUCUUCCAGCCAAACGGAAAAAUAGUAACCAGGUUUGGUAGUCGUGGAAAUGGGGACAAGCAGUUUGCAGGUACACUUGAUGGUAAUAUGUAGACCACCCUUGUCAUUUUUUAUUUGCAUGUUGCAUGGAGAAUAUCAAGCAGGUAUGAAAUAUCCAGAUGUCUGGGAAUUUUUCCUUAUUCGAGAAAAGGCAUUUGCUGAUUCUAUUAAUGAGUCUAUUAAUUUAGUAUUACAUCUGAUUCCUUACACUCGUGAUUGCUUCUGCAAAUUUGAAAUAGCUCUAUAUUAUUGGUGUGACAUGCUACCCUAUAACACUCUCUAUUGCAUGCAAAAUAAAAUUUGCUUCAUUUAUUCUUUAUUUUACAUAAAGCUCAUCUUUAGUACAAUACCACAUUUGUCUUUCUGUUUGGAUUUAAUGCUUUGUUACACAUUGCAUCGAUUGUAUGCUUGUGCCUUACAAUAGUGCAUGGAAUUGUUUAUUUGCAUAUUUCUUUAUCAGUUUUGUUUUUAGCAAAACAAUUGCAUAAGCGAUUACAUUGUUUGAACACAUUCAGCCAUAUAAUUAAAUGAGUUAUUACAGCUAACAAAAACAAUCAAUUAGGGGAAACCUAGACACAUUAUAUAAUCCUUUAUGUUCUAGGAUUAUGAUUUGAUGCUAGUACCUAUUUAAAAAUAUAUAUCCUACAGAAAACAUUUAACAGUUUAGCCAUUUCUGUUCCCUAAAUCACUUUAUAGCUGCUCUCUCAUCAUGCUUAUUGUAACGGCACCCCGGGCAUAAAAGGGGUUAAAGCAGUUUAGGAGAUAUUCCCUUUCCAGAUACAAAGACCGCUACCGAAUCCACCAAUCCGCCGAACUGGAAAAAAAAACCAUACGAAAGGUUUACACUCCAAACUGCCGAAUAGGAAAAACCAUACGAAUAAAUCCCCCCAAGUACAAGACGAGGUUCUGUAUUGAGGGUCAAGCAGGAAUCUGGUUUAAUGUGGGCUACCUGCCCGGUAUUUAUGCAGGUCUCCCACCAGGUGGACACUCCCCUAGGGGACCUGGUGGAAAACUGGGACAAAAUACAACACUAACCAAUCAGAGCAUUACAGAGAUAAAACACUCCCACAGGCACAUUGUAAACCCUCCUCUCUACCUUGGAGGUAAUUGGGAAGUAACUCAAUUAGGAUAGAGGCAAAACUCCAUUUUACACAUGGAAAUAAAAAUAUAUAACUUCUAAACUACCGAAUACAAUACACACUUUUAAUGUAUCCCCAGCUUAGAUCUGAGUGCACAUUAUAACCGAAUGGUGCUCAGAUCACUUACAUACAGUUCAAUCGCCAUGGAGCCAAAGUCUUUCACAUAGUCUUUCGUUAUACGAAUGGGCUCCAUGGGAUAGCUAUCUGAGGUAGCUCCGUUCGUCGGUUUAAUCUCCAGAACGGCCCGGCGUUCGUAUGAACGAAUGAGGCAGGACAAGGGAGGUCGGCGGUUUCAGCGGUGUUCGUGAAGAAAAGUGUCUGUUUCCAGUUCCAUGGAAUCGUCAACGAACACCGCUGUGCAUUCGACUGUUUAAGAUGGCCGCCGCCACGUGUUCGGCUAUACGAACGACGGCCACCCAGAGUUUGUCAAUUAAGCUGCGGUUAACCGCAGCUUCGAGGAGGUAAAUUGCUGGCACACUCCCUACACAGGUGGUUCGGUCAUUCGUAUGUUUGUUCGGUAAAUUCAAUUUACCGAACGCCCUGGUGGCACGAACAAGCCUUUCUGCAGGGAGGAAUAAGGGUUUUAACAUGGGGGACCAUAGUCCUGAGGCAGCAGGUGAGCAACCAGUCUUCUCCAGGACCAAGUGGCGAGGUUAGUUUCGCCACACUUAUGUCUUUUCGUGGUUUUCUGUUUUCAUGAGAAAAAUUAGGGACUCCUUUUGUAUUAUGCAUUUUUCCUUUACUUGACAAGAGACAGAGCUAUCUUUUGUCAAGCCUUGUUAAGACCGUAGCUGUCACUAUUGACUGCUAAGAGGGGGGAAAAAAAACUUUGUAUAGAGGAUCCCGUGGUCUUUCCGGACCCUCCAUAGACAUCAGUAUUGUACUCUUAUGCAUGCGCAUGCAAAAGUACAGUGCUGACAUAAACUCCUGGCAGUUGGUGGCACCCACAAGGGACAGGCUCAGGUAAGUAAAAACUACCUACCAGUCACCAUGUGGCCGCUGGAAUUAAAGCAGAGAAAUCACCAUCUGGAGUAUUCAAAUGUUUAUCUAUGUUUAAGGUAAGGCCUUGAUUUAGUUUUCUACCUGAGAAAAUAGGAACAUUGAUACACUAGCUUUAACUUUGGCUUCAUCCUAAACUCCUGGCAGUUUUGUCUGUUAAGAGACCACAUCUCGGAGUCCAUAAAUGAUGUUGCAUACGCUCAAUGAGAGUGCACCUAUUGAGAGAAAAUACUUGUUCGCACCAGCUGUUGUAAACAAAAGCUGAUGAGAGAGUGCAGGAUUUGGUGGCAGAAAUUGGUAGGAUGUGUUCAUAGCACUGUCUUCCAAAUAAACGUUAAAUAAAUAUUGUUUAAUUCCAAAAUAGCUUACACAUUUACAUAUUUAUCUGCAGGUCCUCACUUUGCCGCUGUCAAUACCAACAAUGAAAUAAUUGUGACAGACUUCCAUAAUCACUCAGUUAAGGUAUUAAUAUUUCCAUAGAAGUCAGAAAUGUUUAAUAUUUUUGUGAAUAAGUAAAAAAGUAAAGAGAUUCUGAGGGUUAUUUACCGAGUUGCAAGGAAUUAAAGUAAAUAAAAAAAAAUGUUAGUCCAACAUAGUCAAAUUGGAAAAGUGUUUUUUUCUGCAAUUAUGUCCUCACAUUUGAAUUCUCUCCAAUUCACACUUCUGUGAAUAACCCUGUGUGAGUAAGUGUGUUUGUGUGACUGUGCUAAUUUACACCCAAGGUUUUUUUUCAGAAGUGGUGUGUAUCUGUGAUGCAUAUCCUUUUGAGAUAAAAAAAAAAAAAAAUCCAGUCUUUUUAUGUAGAUGAAUUGAAGACAUUGUAGUGAUCUUUAUUUAAUGGGACACAAUAGAGUUAGGAUUACAAUCAUGUAUUCCUAACGCUAUAGUGUCCCCCUACCAAUGCAGGUGUCCAGCCUCCCACCUUGUAAGGGUUAAAAAAAAAAGAUUAUUUCCUUAUAUCCCUUGGUGGCACUUGUUGGUCUCUGUGUUGCUGCUCCACCUCCCUGGCUUAGAUAAUCAAGAUUGAUGGCCUCAGCCAAUCCAAUGCUUCCCUGUUGAGAAGCAUUUGGAGACUAAUGUGCUGCAGUAUGCCACACUCCGCCAAUCAAAUGCUCUCUGAGUUAGAGUAAUUUAAUCUAGAACAUGGCAGUGUUUUCAGUUGCAAGGUUAAAAUCACAGGGACACUGCAUUUCAUUGAGAUGAAGUAGUAUGGGGGCCUAUAGAGUACCAUUAACCACAUCGUUCUUUUAAUAUGUAUAUACUAUAAUUUUGCCAGGUAUUUAAUCAAGAUGGAGAGUUCAUAUUGAAGUUUGGAUCAAAUGGAGAAGGAAACGGACAGUUUAAUGCUCCGACUGGAGUUGCUGUAGAUUCCAAUGGCAAUAUCAUUGUAGCAGAUUGGGGAAACAGUCGAAUACAGGUAUGAUAUAGAAUUAUUUCAAUAUAAACCUUUAUAUGAAAAUUGUUUAAUUAUACAAUCUAAUUUGAAAAAUAAAAUACACACUAUUUUCAUUCUUAACUUUUCAUCCCUGCCCCUCCUACAUAAAAUGUUUGUACUCCCCAUGCAUGCAGUACUGCAGCAAGUUCCGUGUAUGUACAAUUUUUGUUUCCUAGGUGCCAUAUGGUGUUUAAAUAAUCUUACAUUGGGAAAACUACUGUGUGAAAUAGAAGACAUUUUAAAAUGUAUUUUUUGUUUUAGGUUUUUGAUGGAAGUGGAUCAUUUUUAUCAUACAUCAACACUUCUGCUGACCCGCUCUAUGGGCCUCAAGGACUGGCCCUGACGUCUGAUGGUCACGUUGUUGUAGCAGACUCUGGAAACCAUUGCUUCAAGGUUUAUCGAUAUUUACAGUAACUGAAAGGCUUCAGUUCUUUGGGUCUAACUGCACUAGAUAUGUACCAACUUCAAGAUGGGGUGGAAAUCUAACUGCACUUCAUCAGAAGUGUUUUUCCAAAUGACACUCAUUUAUUUAAUUUCUAUUCAAACAUGUUUACGUUUUGGCGAUGGCCAUUUCUGAGUAAAAUGUUUCGUCGCUAUGGAGAACUGCAUUAAUGUGUUAGAGGAAAUCUCAACACAUCAAUGCACUGGGACUCCUGUUCUGCACUUGGGUCUUUAGACCUUUUAGAAUACCUACUCAUGGGACGGUGGCUCUUUUUCUAGAGAUUCUGCUCAUUAUUACUUAUUUCCCCAUGACUGAAAUCUGGACAACAUCCAAGCUUGUAUAUCCUGGUAGGUAUUGUGUUAAAAAUCUAAAAAAAUAAAAUAAAAAUUUUGGUAUCUUAGUACUCUAAUGUAUGAUAGUAAAACUUGGUGUAUUCACAGUCCAAUAUAACAAGCUGUUGUCAUGUUUAUAACAAUUACACAAGUCCACACAGCCGUAUAAGUCAACAUGCACUUCUAUUUAUUCUGCGGUACACUGAUAUAAACAGCAUAAAGGCGUUUGUGUGCUUUUACUUCACUCAUUUUGAAAUGUAUUCUAGAUUUCUUUUCUUUUGUUACAAGACUGAAAAAAAGUUCAAUUUUCAUAUGACGUAUCUAUGAUUUUUAUUUUUUCUUAAAUGAUAGAUUUGCCAAUUUAAUUCAUUAACACACAAUGAGGUGUAAACUAACCAGACCCAAUAUGAAAUGUUGCAUGCUUCCUUUUUUUUGUAACAUUAUCCUUUUAAACCUUCUCAUGCUUCUAGGCUGAAAGUAGAAAGACAAAAGUGUUGCCUUGUAUGGGAUGUAUAGCCAUAUGAAUAUUUUUGGGACUGUUACAUUUUUGUAGCAUGAUUCUAGGCAUACCUAUCAAUAUUACAGGAGCUCUAAACUGAGACUGUCCCGCCGGAUCCGGGAUUUUUGGAAGAUGGGUUUCUGACUAUUGAACAGUUUAUACCUGGGUCACAUUUGGUGGGUUUUUAGUGACUAAUUAGUUAUUACUCUCUUUCUUGGUAUUGCCCUGGAAUAGUUAAGCAAACUUUCAUUUAAUGAUUUUGCAGGACAAAAUUUCAAAAAUGAACACUAUAAAACUGCGAAAUUAUGAUUUUGUUCCAAAUAUGUCCUUCAUUUUAUAUUCGUAUAUCCUGUAUAACCCUAAAUAUGUUCUUAAAUGAUGGUGGUAGUCUGCUCCCAUAUUGGUUGAUUGAUAAAGCUUCUUUGAAGGCUACCCCAAUUAGUUCAUGCCAUCUAAUGUUUUGUUGAUCCCAUACAAUCUGUAAACUACAGAACUAUCUUUGCUGGAAAACAUAGCCCAAACCUUUUUCUUUUAUCACAAAAUGUUCACUGAAUCUAAAGAUGUUCAAGUUUUGUAUGUGCAAGGCAAUCUUAAAGGGACAUUCUGGGAACCAUUGAAACAACAUGAAAUUCUUAUGUUGAAAGAAGGCUCCCAGGCGCCGACUUACCUCAAGGAGUUAAAUGGUUUAAUAUCAAAGUCUUGAAUCCAGUGCCUGUUGGUGCUUCCCACAAACAUCCACUGCAGUUUUGGGCUUUAAUCAGGAAGCCUCGCGAUGAGAGUUGCUGAUAGGCUGAGUGUGACGGCAAACGCUCUCAACCUAUCCGUAGCUCCCCAUUCACAAAUUGGAGUGAGAAACUAAUGCAUUUUUCUCUGUGUUUUAUGAAUGGUAAGCUGCUAAUAGGCUGAAAGCUCUCCCCCUCUCAGUAGAGAUGUUUGUGGAAAGCGCUAAGGACACUGGAUUCAAGACUUGAAGUCCCUUUAUAAAAGCCAGCGUUAGAGGUCCUCCUUAACAACUUAUUUCUGAUGAAGUUGUUAUGGUGCCCAGAGUGUUCAUUUAAGGUAUACUUUUCAUGGAACAAAAUUUAGAGCACCAUUUACAUAUACUGUAAUCCCCACUUAGUGGGUUAGAGAUUUCCAGUUGCAAUUCCACCAUCCAGAACAGGACAUUUAAUCUGGAUCCAUGAUUGUGUACCGAGGAACUGUAAGGAUUCAAGAAGGAAAUAUGGCUCAGAUAUGUAGAAUUGGAUUGGCAUUAAGGAUUAUGUUAUUUAGACUGUGGUAGCUAUGAGCAAAUCUCAGUCCAGCUCAGACCAACUGCUCUGUGAAAUAAAACCAUUUUAUUCCUGAUACAAGGCGGAAAGGGUCCUCUACAGCUAGCUGAUGAAGACAUCCAGCUUCUACAGAAGUUUCAGAAGUCUGUAUUUACUUAUGCUGGAAUUUCAUUAAUUGACAGCGUCAGCUGACUGCUCUCAGCCAAUGAAUGCAAAACUAUUCCUAGGAAUAUACACAGAAUUGACAUUAGCCAGCCAGGGCUUGAUAAUCACACCCGAACUAUGCUGCUAGAGGUGGAACUACACCUCUGGCAGCAGAGGGAUUAAACUCCAUAUGUGCAGUGUUUCAAAGUGAAAUGCUACAUAGACAGACUCCAGGCACCAUAACCACUUCAAAUCACUGAAGUGGUCAUGGGACUUGGAGUAACCGUUUAAGACAACAGAAUCAAAACUGUUCUGAGAAAAUCCAUAGACGUAAGAUGAAUAAGCAAAGAGAUACCUAAUGAUUCAAAUAAGCAAUGUUUUAAUCUGUCCACUUUAAAUUGUCACUAAUCCUUAAGUAAUACACUCAAAGGGAAUUUGAUGAUGUCACAUCCAGGCAUAUCUGCUGCAUAUAUUUAAAGAAAAAGAAAAAUGAACAGGAAUAAAGCAAACAGUGGCGGGUGUAAAAAUAAUGCAGUGUUUAGAAGUUUUUUUUUUUGUUUUUAAAGUAAGAAAAAAGUUAAACACACAAGAUGUAUAUGCAAACUCUUGCUGCUUCCCCUUCUAUGUGUAAUAAGGACAUCACUGAAACUAGUUCUGCAAUGAUUAAAUAAUUGUCAGGAUUACAUACACCCCGAACAUUCUCUCACCUGUGUCUUACAGAAACCUUUGUAUUUUGAAUCUUAGUUUUUCUGCUUUAACAUUUUUGCUAUGGAUUAACUAACAGCUCUGAGAGAACUGCUGGUAAGGAGUGUUUGGUGCCUGCUGAUUGCUUGUUUGCCAAUAGUGUUUUAAACUAUGGACACCACAGUACAGGGGAUUGCCACAAACCAAGCAUAUACUAUUAGCCAUUUAAGUUUUGUUUUUUUUUCUACGGUUUGGUUAUGCCUAAAUAUUGCUUCUGCUGCCACGGACCAUAAAUAUGAUUUCAAAGGGACUGGUUGGCAAUCAUCCAGUGGAGUGGCUAUUUCAAUAGUCCUAACAUGUGGCCACACAAUUCCAUAUACUGCACACUUAUGAACAAGUGCUUCUUCAACUGAAGACUGGAGUUCAAACAAACCAGAUUCGGCAAAAAGGAGAGCAUAUGCACAGAUUUCCUAAAACUAGCUAAGUAGGCCAACUUUUGAAGAACUGUGAACUGAUCCACAGACUUCACUCUUAAUUUGGAUAAGGGCAGAAUACAUUCCUGGAGGAAGUUGGUAAAUUCCUAACAAAACAGUCUUCCUAUGUCUGAAUAAUAAUCAUUUGUCUGCAACAGAAAGCAUGUAAUCAGCUGAUCAGAAUCCAAUGUUACAAGUUUGUUGUAAUGCCUAUUCAGACUCACAGUUAAAACAAAUUCUAAAGGCACCAUAACGGCUUUAUCUCAUUGAAGUGCUGAUAGUGUCUGGAGUCCCCUGGCAAUGUUCUUCCAUUCAGCAUUACACAGGUUUUAAUGCUAAACAAGAGUCUCAAGUAACCCAUACCCUCUGCUGCUUGGGCUAAUGAAGCAUUAGCCUGAGCAGUAAUGGACAAUAUUGAUUGGCUGAGAGUGUCAACAGACCACAUUCAGCCUAUUGCUUUGCCAUUGCAGGUGUGAAUCCAUAUGGCUACAAGGAAAUGUCUUUUCCUUAGUCACACCUUUAGUGGGGGUUGGGCUAUGGGAAGUGAAGGACCCCAUUCAGUUUCAAACCAGUCAAAAUGGUUUAACACUGAAUGGAAGGACCGUUCCAGGAGACUUCAUGUACUAUAUGAAAUGGUUUUACUGCAUACAGUGUCCAUUUAAUGACUGCUUCUGUACACAGACACACCAAGUUGCUGCUCAGUAAACUGCUUAUCUAAAAUGGUCUUGCUUUUUAGUUAAAUUAGACUUAAGGGUUUAGUUUCUGUUAGACUUCAGACUAGUUUGUUAAAAUUAACUUGUGAUUUAAAAUAAAAAAUAGAGAAUUUUUCCAACUCACAUAUCUUUAUAUUUUUGCCAAAACCUUAUGUGUUUUGGAUUAAAGUCAACAACUUUGGUUUUCAUUACACCACAAUUCAAAUUGUUUUUUUAUUAAAAUUAUUCUUAAACUGAAACGAUCACAAAAAUGGUAAAUGGGUUUUUAUCAUUGAAAAUUUAAAUUUGCCCUCAUAUGAAAUUAUAAUAGUGAAAGCCACUUAUUUAAAAAGUAUUCAGGAGACUUGUGAAAAAAUGGUUUUUCAGUUGUACUGAAUUCAUCAAAUGUCUGCAAAUCCAUGGACAUACAAAUCAAUCUGUUAGGUAAACCUGAGCAAAUAGAUUUUUUGCCAUAUAUUCACAGACAUUCGUUCAGCACUGUUGAAAGGGCAAAAGUCUAGUUUUAGGGUCAAACCAUUUUUGAUGACAUUUAGUACUGCUGACAGUGGCCUGUGUUUCUAUGUGUGUGUGUGUGUGUGUCUGUGUGUCUGUAUUUAUUCAUCUCAUAGCUCUAUUUUACAAACAGUAGAGGGAGUCCUGAGCUACUUUGGAUGCUUAGUGACGUCUUUGAAAUAGAUAACAGGUGGAAAAUAUGACCCCCAAUAUUAUUAUUUUUUUUAAACUAAAUAGCUUUGAUAAUUUAUGUUGCUACAACAUACAUGUUAAAUUUGUAAAGCUCCCCCUUUUAGGAACAAAACAAUAUUCUUAGAAACUUUAAAUAUUGCCAAAGAAUCCUGAAAUGUGAAGUAUGACAAAAUGUAGCUAAAUUCCUUCAGGAGUUUCAGGACCAUGAUAUAUAAUGCUUAUAUCGCAAUCUACAAUUAUGAUCAUAAUGACCAAAUGUCAAUACAGAACACAGUAAUUUAUUAAACAGUGAAUUGAAAAGGGAACUGUUUCAUUUGUAAAACAAAUUGAAAAUGUCUAAAUUGGAGAUUUGUUUUCCAUCUUGGCUAUAUUGAUACUAAUUUUGCAAAUUGAUUCUCAUUUAAAGUAAUUCCCUGUUUAUUAAACAACAAAUUGUAUUCUGAUUACUCGCAAAUCCUUCUGUUGCUGUGAUAAACUACUGACUGAGUACCCAUAUGAUUUGAUGAAAAUGUGUUAUUUUGCUGAGAACACAAAUACUGCAAUGAUAGUGUACACUGUUGAUAAGUACUCUAAACAUGAGCUUUUCCUGGCCAUGUCUGUUGAAUGUAAAGGAUACCCAAUAGUGUAUGUAAACAAAUGAGCCUUAACCUUGAUGCUUUCGUGUCCUGUUCAAAGAAUGUUCCAUUUGUAGCAGAAAAGAUUCCUUGUGCUAGAGCUGCUUUUUCAUGACAUGCAUUUUGUCUUUUUCUUUUUUUUCAGCUGAAAAUGAGUAUGCCUCAGUUUUUCUAUUUUGUUACAUUCCAUGUUUGUAAGCCUGUUUCAGAUGUUUGUGUACAAAAUGACAAUAAAGUCUUAAUGAAAAAACAAA